AGCGAGAACAAAAGCAAUCCGAAUURACGAUUAUUGACAUUUUGUGCAGCAAGACAUCAGAAAUAGAACAGAGGAACAGCAACGAAUUCCUUUAAUCAAAAGCACGAAGCCUUGUCGAAACUGCAAGUUUCCAGCGAUUAUAAGAAAAAACUAGGGGUCCGAAGCAAACCGAUUUAUUUCAUUACUAGAGUAAUCCAUUCGAACAAUCCACAAUGGGAGCCUCGGCAUCGAGAGAAAAGUUCCGCGAAUCCGUCUCGGCUUUGAUCGAGGUCGACGUCUCGGCCGAUGACGCAGAUUUCUGGGACGAGCUCUGGAAGAUCCCUAACAGCGGAGAGGAAGUAUUCGAAUUGAUUCCUCCCUCGGCAGCUAGAAAGCUCCGRGACGAACGGUUUGCCAAUCUUGCGACGYUGUUUACUCAGGCAACUGCCCAGCUCUGCCAGAUUGUUGAAACACCGUACAAUAUUUACUUCGAUCAGGCCCUGAACUGCGUUCGUGUCUUGACAAGAAUUCUUCCRUUUUUGCUCGAGAAAGGUGCGUAGCAUGAAAGAGGAAAGAAUGCGGAGUUUCAGGUUACGAAGAAAAAAUGGAUGAGGUCGUCGGAUCGUUGGACAUGUAAAAACAGCGUACCAAAGAUUCUUUGACCCCUUGUUUCUCACMCUCAAGCUUUCUUGUUGUAAUGAUUUGUAACGCAGGAGAUCUGGGRGAAUCAGACGAACAGGUUGAACAAUUGUGCUGGGGAACGAAUGGUGAUGACUUGAACGAUGACGAGAAAAUCGGCCUCAUGAUUGGAACCGGUAAGAGUACCGAUAGCGCAAAGACCUCGGGAAAUAUUGGUGGAAAUGGCAACGGACUAGCUAGAAACAAUACCGGUCCUGAGGAUGAGCAAGAACCCCUGGCUUUGUUGGUUGUCCACGCCGCUAUGCACAUGCUCUUUUUGCCGCAGUUUACCUGUGACUUUUACGAGAACAAGAUUGAUACCAGCAGCCACAAUGGCUUCCGACGCAGCGAGACUAAGGAAGACAAGGAACUUCGAAGCACAGUCCAAGGCUUGCUAAAUGCCAAAUCUAUUGAAGCUGGGGUGUCUUUGGUUCCUAGGCCAUCUUCCGUUGUCUGGGCUUCGGGUUCUGGCAUCAAAGCCGGACAGCUCAAUGGCGGUUACGAUGCCUCGGCGACACGCAAGUACGACAAGAACCGCAUCGAGGUUUUGCGAUUGUUGUUGAGCGCAUGCUGUGAUCCCCUUUUCAGCCCUGCCGAUGAGUACAACCCCAUUGCAUCCCGCUGGUUGGCAGUGGCCACUGCUGCAGAUGCUCCCAAUGCYGUCUGUUUAUUUUAUUCUUUGUUGAACACGGUCUUGACCUUCGACCCAAACAGUGUUGGCUUUAGCGACGCUCACGUUAAGCUAGUAGAACUCUCGGCCCAGGUUUUGGCAGUCUUGUUGGAUUGCGGUCUUCCUGGAAACCCCGAGCCUGUUUUGGACAUGAAAGGAGAGCCGGUCAUUGAAUUYGAAACUGCCAGCCGUGGUGGCUUCAAUAUCUUCCGCAGCUUGAUGGCUCGAAUCGAUUCGGCUGCWGAUAUGGAUUUCAUCUUUGACGGGUUUGCCCGUCUCCUCAAGAACGUAUAUGAACCACAAUCUACCUAUCUUCCCAAUUCUACUACUAAGCUUGAAUGCUUCCAGGAAUUGCUGGUGCUUCUGUGGAAAUUCUUGGAGGAAAAUCCCCUCUUUAUGAACCAUGUGCUGACAAGAUGUGACAUCAACGAAUUGGUGGUUCCGAUUUGCUUCCUCAUGUACAAGUCUCGUCGGGAUCCUGCGCAGAUCGGUUUGGUUCACAUCUGCACUUUCUGCCUGCUGAAACUGAGCGGGGAGCGAAGCUUUGGGGURGCACUCAACAAGCCCUUCACCAAGAAGCUUCCCACGGACCUCCCAUUGUUCAGUGGAGGCCACCACGAUCUUUUGACCAUCACCCUCCACAAACUGGUCGUUAAUGGGGCAUAUAAACUGGUUCCACUCUAUUCGUGUUUCUUGACCAUUAUUUGCAACGUUUCUCCUUACUGGCGGUCGAUGUCGCUUGUGGCUGCCGUAAAGUUGGUCAAUUUGUUUGAACURUUUUCCUCCCCAAAAUUCUUGUACAGUGGAGAACACGCCCAUAGACACUUGGCAUUGUUAUUGGAGGUCUUCAAUAACGUCAUCCAAUACCAAUAUCACGGAAACACACAUUUGGUGUACGCUUUGAUUCGACGAAAGGUAAGUUUCAGUUUGAUUUGAUUCUGCUCCACCACGCACGCAAAAUUUCCAUGGAGAAGGGGUGUCUUGAUUCCAUUGCCUUGAAUCAGCUAGAUAUUGGAUUGGACCGGUGGAAAUUAAAAGAACGGAAUCCACAACUACAUCAUCAUAUACUAUGUAUCCCACUCACUUGCUUAUUCCUCUCGAAAUACACAGGACUCCUUCGGACGAUUGGCCUCUCUAACCCUGAAGAAGGCACAAGACCAGUGCCAUAAGGCAUAUGGUGAUCAGUCUCGAAGCGAAUACGAUGGAGACUAUGCCCGCCGUAUUGAACGAAUGGAUCCUAAGGGACUGCCUAAUGCGGGUGCCAUGAUGGGUGGAGAUGAUAUGGGACGCAAGUUUGUCCCUACAGAGGAAUGGCUGACCGAACUCAAAAACUCCCUUCCGCUCGAAACUGUUACACGAUUGCUCCAGCAUUUGGUUCCAGUUGUCGAUGAGAUUGUGGCCAAGAGGCAGGGAGCCGUCGAUGAACAAGAAAUCCUUGAUGCGCUCAAGGAUAUUGUCAUGGUUGGAUUGCUACCGGUCCCUCACGCAAUUGUCAUCCGAAAGUACCAGCCAAAUCAAUACACAGCACUUUGGUUCACAGCUUUCAUGUGGGGCGUCAUCUUUUUGCGAAACCAAUCCCUUCCGAUGUUCGAUGGUCAAUGCAUUGAGCUCUUCCAGGUCAGCGUUCAAGAGGACGAUUAAGGAUCAAGCAAGCGAGGGAAUGGAAUUCGAAUGAAAUCAACGAAAAGAAAAGCAACCUUCAAUAAAACGAUGAAAUGCYCCGUUAUUGUGGCGGAAUGUUGUACAAUAAUCAUAUAUUAAACUU